AGUGACUAAAGAUUUUUAAAGAACAAACAAAAAAAAUGAUUAAACAUUAAAAGGAGUUCCACUAUUUUCUCAGGUGCUCGUUAAAAAUUUCAGAAAUAUCAAUCAUCAUCUACCUUCACUACUGCCAUUUUGUCAAAUCAAAUCAAAUCAAAUCAGAGGAAGAAAGAUGAGUAGCUCUGGUGCUCCGCCUCAUAACGUCUUCGUUUACGGCAGCAUCCUGGAACCCGCCGUCGCCGCCGUGAUCCUUGACCGCUCCGCCGAUACCGUUCCCGCCCUUCUCCAUGGCUACCAUAGGUAUAAACUCAAAGGACGUCCUUAUCCCUGUAUUGUCCCUCUUGAGUCAGCAAAAGUCAACGGAUUGGUAAUAACGGGAGUAUCCGAUGCUGAGCUAAACAACUUCGAUGUCAUCGAAGGCAGUGAUUAUGAGAGAGUCACAGUUGAAGUUGUAAGGACGGACAAUUCGGAGAAGAUGAAAGCAGAAACUUAUGUUUGGAUCAAUAAAGAUGAUCCUACUAUGUAUGGAGAAUGGGACUUCGAGGAAUGGAGAGUGAUUCAUGCGGAUAAGUUCGUAGAGACGUUUAGGAAAGUGUUGGAAUGGAACAAGAAUCCAAAUGGGAAGAGAAAAGAAGAUGUUGUUGAACCAUUGUUAUUGCCUGAUGAUUGAUGACUCUUGAACAGAGAUCAUUUUGUUGGUUCUUGGCUGCUAAUCUUUGGCAGAAGAAGAGGAGCAAGUAAAAGAGUGUUUUUGAAUAAUGUGUUUGUGUGUUGUAGUAACUUGAAACUUAGUCUUCUAUUUGAUUUUGUUUGUGUUAUUAAUGGAACCUUUUUCUUCUGGAUAAUUCCUGAUUUCUGAAAUCUUGAGUUUGAGACUGCAA